AUGAUUCGAGAUGGCCGAGCAACAGUACACUCAAUUAUUUCGCGCCAAGUUUCUAUAACAGGUUUUGAUCUCAGCGAUUAUCGACAGUGUCUUGAAAAAUGGAAUAACGCUAUAGCAACAAUGUUCCAGCAGUGUGAAUCAGUUGGAAAGACGCGGUGCAUGAAGGUUUAUUAUGAACAACUCGUUCUUCAUCCCGAAGGUCAAAUUAAACGUAUUCUUCAGUUUUUAGAAAUUCCAUGGAACAAUUCCGUUUUACAUCAUGAAGAAUUGGUUGGAAAAGAUAUUUCUUUGUCCAAAGUUGAGAAAUCAACUGACCAAGUUGUUAAGCCAAUAAAUCUAGAUGCAUUAAAUAAAUGGGUUGGUCAUAUACCAGAAGACGUUGUUCGAGAUAUGCCAAAUAUUGCUCCAAUGCUUCAAAUUUUAGGUUAUGAUCCAUUAAUGAAUCCUCCGAAUUAUGGUGAAGCAGAUAAGAUGGUGUUAGAUAAUACUGCUAAUAUACAUAAAAAUGAACAAAAAUGGUACAGAAAAACUCUGAAAGUUGUUGAUGAAUCAUCUCAUGUCCAUCGAGAUCCAUCGAGCAGAUUGCAAAUGGGUUCCUAG